GACAAGGUUCCCAACGCUGAGGACAAGGUUUCUGACGCUGAGGAGAAGGUUCCCGACGCUGAAGACAAGGUUCCUGACGCUGAGGACAAGGUUCUUGACGCUGAGGACAAUGUUCCUGACGCUGAGGACAAGGUUCCUGAUGCUGAGGACAAGGUUCCUGACGCUGAGGACAAGGUUGCUGACGCUGAGGACAAAGUUCUUGACGCUGAGGACAAGGUUCCCAACGCUGAGGUGAAGGUUCCUCACGCUGAGGACAAGGUUCGUCACGCUGUGGACAAGGUUCCUCACGCUGAAGACAAGGUUCCUGACGCUGAAGACAAGGUUCCUGACGUUGAGGACCAGGUUCCUAACGCUGAGGGCAAGGUUCCUGACGCUGAGGACAAGGUUCCUGACACUGAGGACAAGGAUACUAACGCUGAGGACAAGGUUCCUGACGCUCAGGACAAGGUUCCUGACGCUGAAGACAAGGUUCCUGACGCUGAGGACAAGGUUCCUGACGCUGACGACAAGGUUCCUGGUGCUGAGGACAAGGUUCCUGACGCUGAGGACAAGGUUCCUGACGCUGAAGACAAGGUUCCUGACGCUCAGGACAAGGUUCCUGACGCUGAAGACAAGGUUCCUGACGUUGAGGACAAGGUUCCUGGCGCUGAGGAGAAGGUUCCUGACGCUGAGGACAAGGUUCCUGACGCUGAAGACAAGUUUCCUGACGCUGAGGACAAGGUUCCCAACGCUGAGGACAAGGUUUCUGACGCUGAGGAGAAGGUUCCUGACGCAGAAGACAAGGUUCCUGACGCUGAGGACAAAGUUCCUGACGCUGUGGACAAGGUUCCUAAGGCUGGGGACACGGUUCCAGACGCUGAGGACAAGGCUCCUAACGCUGAGGUGAAGGUUCCUCACGCUGAGGUCAAGGUUCCUCAAGCUGAAGACAAGGUUCCUCACACUGAAGACAAGGUCCCUGACGCUAAGGACAAGGUUCCUGACGCUGAGGACAAGGUUCCUGACGCUGAGGACAAGGUUCCGGACGCUGAGGACAAGGUUUCUGACGCUGAGGACAAAGUUCCUGACGCUGACGACAAGGAUACUAACGCUCAGGACAAGGUUCCUGACGCUGAGGACAAGGUUCCCAACGCUGAGGACAAGGUUUCUGACGCUGAGGGAAGGUUCCUGACGCUGAAGACAAGGUUCCUGACGCUGACAACAAGGUUCCUGACGCUGAGGACAAAGUUCCUGACGCUGUGGACAAGGUUCCUAAGGCUGGGGACACGGUUCCAGACGCUGAGAACAAGGCUCCUAACGCUGAGGUGAAGGUUCCUCACGCUGAGGACAAGGUUCCUCAAGCUGAAGACAAGGUUCCUCACACUGAAGACAAGGUCCCUGACGCUGAGGACAAGGUUCCUGACGCUGAGGACAAGGUUCCUGACUCUGACGACAAGGUUCCAGGCGCUGAGGACAAGGUUCCUGACGCUGAGGACAAGCUUCCUGACGCUGAGGACAAGGUUCCUGACGCUGAGGACAAGGUUCCUGACGCUGAGGACAAGGUUCCUGACGCUGAGGACAAGGUUCCUGACGCUGAAGACAAGGUUCCUGACGCUGAGGACAAGGUUCCUGGCGCUGAGGACAAGGUUCCUGACGGUGAGGACAAGGUUCCCAAGUUGAGGACAAGAUUUCUGACGCUGAGGACAAGGUUCCUGACGCUGAGGACAAGGUUCCUGACGCUGAGGACAAGGUUCCGGACGCUGAGGACAAGGUUCCUGACGCUGAGGAGAAGGUUCCUGACGCUGAGGACAAGGAUACUAACGCUCAGGACAAGGUUCCUGACGCUGAGGACAAGGUUCCCAACGCUGAGGACAAGGUUUCUGACGCUGAGGAGAAGGUUCCUGACGCUGAAGACAAGGUUCCUGACGCUAAGAACAAGGUUCCUGACGCUGAGGACAAAGUUCCUGACGCUGAGGACAAGGUUCCUAAUGCUGGGGACACGGUUCCUGACCCUGAGGACAAGGUUCCUAACGCUGAGGUGAAGGUUUCUCGCGCUGAGGACAAGGUUCCUCAAGCUGAAGACAAGGUUCCUCACGCUGAAGACAAGGUCCGUGACGCUGAGGACAAGGUUCCUGACGCUGAGGACAAGGUUCCUGACGCUGAGGACAAGGUUCCCAACGCUGAGGACAAGACUUCUGACGCUGAGGAUAAGGUUCUUGACGCUAAGGACAAGGUUCCCAACGCUGAGGACAAGGUUCCUGACGCUGAGGACAAGGUUCCUAAGGGUGAGGACAAGGUUCCUGACGCUGAGGACAAUGUUCCUGACGGUGAGGACAAGGUUCCUGAUGCUGACGACAAGAUUCCUGAACCUGAGGACAAGGUUCCUAACGCUGAAGACAAGGUUCCUAACGCUGAAGACAAGGUUCCUAACGCUGAAGACAAGGUUCCUGACGCUGAAGACAAGGUGCCUGACGUGGAAGACAAGGUUCCUGACGCUGAGGACAAGGUUCCAAACGCUGAGGACAAGGUUCCAAAUGCUGAGGACAAGGUUCCUAACGCUGGGGACAAGGUUCCUAACGCUGAGGACAAUGUUUCUGACGCUGAGGAAAAGGUUCCUUACGCUGAGGACCAGGUUCCUGACGCUGAGGACAAGGUUCCUGACGCUGAGGACAUGGUUCCUGACGCUGAAGACAAGGUUGCUGACGCUGAAGACAAGGUUGCUGUUGCUGGAGACAAGGUUCCUGACGCUGAGGACAAUGUUUCCGACGCUGAGGACAAGGUUCUUAACGCUGAGGACAAGGUUCCUGACGCUGAAGACAAGGUUCCUGACGCUGAGGACAAGGUUCCUGACGCUGAGGACAAGGUUCCUGACGCUGAGGACAAGGUCCUGACGCUGAGGACAAGGUUCCUAACGCUGAGGACAAUGUUCCUGACGCUGGGGACAAGAUUCCUGACGUUGAGGACAAGGUUCCUCAGACGCGCGGAGGUGGAUGAUCGGACAUGCUCGUUACUCAAACUUGUAAGUUAUGAUGUAGUUUUUAACGGACAAGUAGAGAAGUGAGAGAACUUAAAGCGUAGAUACUGUACCAUGCAUUAAACGUACUCAUAAUAAACCUGUUAUUAUUAUAUUAUUUUAUUAGAAUCUAGUUUUCCGUGAAAUUGCUUUUUAAGACACGUGAAUCGUGAAACGGCUUUUUUUUCGUUGUGAAACGUGAUUCAUACCCCCCCCUUUCCCACCCUCGACAAGUAAUCUUAGUACGAUCAACUUUGCCGAGUUUUUCUUAUGUACAACAAAUUUUCUGUGACAAGUCUUGACAGUCUUUGAAUUUCUUGCCUCCAGACAGCUAUCAACAACAAUACAUAGUUAACCAAUUGUGUCCAAGGACUCAAAUUGCUUUGUCAAAUUUCUUUAUUUGGCUUUGCCAUUUUUUUCGAAGACAAGCACACUUGUUCAAAAGCUAGCAUGUUACACUACCUUUUAAACAAGUGUAUACUCAGAGGCGUAGCCAGGAUUUUUAGUUAGGGGGGCCAGCAAAAACCUAGGUGGGGUCAAGCCGCCAGUCACUCGAGACGCAAAGUUGCGUAGAGAUUUAAUUUGCAAUAGCUGGUUCCCCUUCUCGCGUAUUCUGAAUACAACUACCAGCAUGCUUUUCGGACAUGUUAUUGCAUAAUGAAGAAAAUACCCGCAAAGUAUCAUGGUAGUUGUAUUCAGAAUAUGUAAUAAGGGGAACCAGCUAUUGAGAUUUGAAAGAUUUGCAAUUGAAAAUUCACUCGUAAAAAAAACGGAUUGGUUUAAACUUCAUCUAACCCUCAUUUAAUGCAUAUUAGGGUUAGAAAAAGUAUGUGUUUCAAGCUGUGUGCCGCAAAUAAGCGAACAAGAUUUUAGGUUUCACACUGAAGCUCAGCAAAGUAUAUAUUCUACACAAUGUUUGCAUUAUUGACAGUAUGAAGCAAUAUAAUCAAGGAUUCCGUUUUUUAUACAAUACAUUUUAUAAGGGUGGGCAAAAAUUUUGCCAGGGGGGAGGUCGGGCCCCCGGCCCCAGCCCUGGCUAUGCCUCUGUGUAUACUUGGAAUAAAACUUGCCAUAUGAAAAGUUGUCAUGAAAACUCGCUCAUCUGUUACUUAGCUUCAUAGUUUUAUGCAUGAGUCAAUUCCUGGAAUAACCAUCCCCCACCCAGAACACCCUUGGGAAUUUGCCUGAUAGACAGUUCACAGGGGUCGGGAAAUAUAUUAAAUAAAAUAAUUUGUCAAUUUAUACAUGUACGGUAUAUUAAUCACCCACAAAUGAACUCAACAGCCACUAAAUGUAUGUAUCUAUUCUAAGCAAGAUACAUAAGUUAUAGAAAUAA